AUGGUGGAGAUCGAAGAGGAGAUGAUCGAGUGCGAGUGCUGCGGAAUGUCCGAAGAGUGCACCCCCAAGUACAUCAGCCGUGUUAAGGCAUUCUUCUGCGGGAAAUGGGUCUGCGGCCUCUGCUCCGAGGCGGUGAAAGAGCAAGUAAGGAAGAACCCCGCGGCCUCUCUGCAGGAGGCGCUGGAGUCCCACAUGGCUCUCUGCAUGAAGUUCCACAGGACAAUUAGAGCCAACCCCAAGCUCUCCUUUGCUAGUUCCAUGAGGGACAUCGCCAAGAGGAGCUCGCAGAGAAGGACGUCGAACAGCUUCUUUGGGGUAAAGAUGGGAAGAAUCGCAAGCUGCGGCGCUCGGUUUAAUCUCGAGGUCGACAGUUCCCCGAUUCAGUGA